AUGACAGCAGGAAAGGAAACAAUGGGAGAACAACCAAUCUUCACGUGCAAGGCGCACGUGUUCCACAUAGAUCCGAAAACGAAGCGGUCCUGGAUGGCGGCCAGUUCUACAGCGGUGUCCGUGUCUUUCUUUUACGACUCCUCGAGGAACCUUUACCGCAUCAUCAGCGUUGAAGGGACUAAGGCGGUGAUCAACAGCACUAUUACUGCCAACAUGACGUUCACGAAGACCUCGCAGAAGUUCGGCCAAUGGAGCGACGUGCGCGCCAACACAGUGUAUGGGCUCGGAUUCGCGUCCGAGGCUGAGUUAGGCAAGUUCAUCGAGAAGUUCCAAGAGGUGAAGGAGGCGAUCCAGGCGCAGCAGUGCGGCGGCAAGGGCGCGGCGAACGGCGGCAGCGGCGCCGCCACGCCCGUCGCGAGCGCCACCGCCAGCCCGCUGCUGGCCGGCCGCGCGCCCGACGAGCCGCCGCCCGCCGCCUCGCCCGCACAGCCGAAAACCGAAAACGACGAAAUGAUGGUGCACCAAAGAGCUCAUUCAGUGUCAUCCACAGUACAGGGCGGCUAUGCAACGGUGGGUCGGGCGCCUCGGGGACCCUUAACCUCUACGCCGGCGCCUCCCGAUCCUGCAGUACCUGAGUCCACUGAGCAACAGCUGCGCUAUGAAAAUGAUCGCCUGAAACUUGCACUUGCUCAGAGUUCUGCAAACGCAAAGAAGUGGGAGGUGGAGCUCGCGACCCUCAAGAGUAAUAACCUUCGGCUGACCGCCGCCCUGCAAGAGAGCACCGCCAACGUGGACGAGUGGAAGCGACAGCUUCAUCAGUAUAGAGAGGAGGUGGCCCGUGCGAGGCAUUACGCCGGCAAAGGCGGUGAAGCGAAUGAAGUAGAACAACUCAGGCAACGCGUUGCCCAACUGGAAGCCGAGCUAGCGCAGAAGAACGAGGAGUUGGCUCAGAUUACGAAAUCGAAGAAGAGUGAGCAGGACGCAGAGGCGAAAUUAGCUCAGAGCCAACUCGAGCUUGCUCUAGCCGCUCAGGAUGGACAGAGGCAAGUGAUACAGGCGCUAAACGACCAACUGGCGAGGCAACUGGAAGAGCUGACGACGAUCCACCGCGAGAUCAACACGGCGCUGCAGACAUGA